GUUGUACCCUCAGUCCGCGCUGCGCAGCAUGAAACGUGAGCUAAGCGUCACCGCCAAGAGGUUUAUGGUCCAGGGGAAUGAGGGCACUGUUUACACGUUGCCAUGGAGAUGUGUCCUGGAAGGGGAAAAAAUGGCUGUAUGUACUGGAAAUGACUUCUUAGAUAUUCAUCCCAGUGUUUUUACAUUUGGCAGGCCCCCCUCGAUUUUCUAAGCAAACGUAAUGCUUUUUUUUUUUUUUCUUCAUAUGAACCCAUCUUCUCAGGGUUACAGACUCAGACAGGGAGAGAGGUUUACAGAAGAUUUACUAUAAGAUUAGAUUACGAUGGCUGACAGUUUUAACUGUGACAACUGCAAGGAGUCCUUGUAUGGACGCAAGUACAUCCAGUCAGAUGACAGUCCCUACUGCAUCCCCUGUUACGACAGCAGGUUUUCAAACACCUGCGAUGAGUGCAAAGAGCUGAUCGGCCAUGACGCAAGGGAGCUCUUCUACGAGGACCGGCACUAUCACGAGCACUGCUUCCGCUGUUUCCGCUGCGAUCGCUCGUUGGCAGACGAGCCGUUCACCAGCCAGGAUGAGGCGCUGCUCUGCAACGACUGCUACUGUAACGAGUUCUCCUCGAAGUGUGUAGCCUGCGACAAAGUCGUCAUGCCAGGUACGAGGAAGUUGGAGUAUGCAGGCUCCACAUGGCACGAGGGCUGCUUCAUCUGUCACAGCUGCGAACAGCCAAUUGGCUCGAAGUCCUUCAUCCCUGACAAGGAUGAGCACUACUGCGUGUCCUGCUAUGAGGACAAGUUCGCCCCGCGCUGCACACGCUGUAAAAAGGCCCUGGCUAAAGGUGGCGUGACCUAUCGGGACGAGCCGUGGCACAAGGAGUGUUUUGUGUGCACCAGCUGCAAGACACAGCUGGCGGGUCAACACUUCACCUCCCGAGACGAGAACCCUUACUGCCUCAAGUGCUUUGGCAGCCUGUACGCCAAGAAAUGCGAGGCCUGCAGCAAACCAAUCACAGGUUUUGGAGGAGGAAAGUACAUCUCAUUUGAGGAGCGCCAGUGGCAUCAGCCAUGUUUCACCUGCACCCAGUGCUCUGCUUCACUGGUGGGCGCCGGCUUUUUCCCCGACGGUGACAGGAUCUUGUGCCGCGACUGCAACACCAACCUAUAGAGUAGUCAUUUACCACAUUCUUCUCACCCUUCCCUUGACUUACCUUUCACCGUUCGCCACAGCAUUUCAAGAACCCCAAGGUUCAGGGAAGGUAACACAGGCUAACAAAUGCUGCCUCUCAGGUCGUUUUUAUAUAAAGAGAUCAGUUCCUCGUGGUCCCUGUCUGGGUCCGGUUUUCAUCCAGGAGCUAGUGCUGCAUUGUUUGAAUGAACCAUCACAAAGAUUUCCUCUUUAACCAAAAACUUAAUGAUUUAAAGUUUAUGGAGUGCCUUAAGAAUAACAUUACUUAAAUGUUAUGUACUAUUGAACCAAAGAAAUGCAAAAUGCUAGACACUUUGCAAAAAAAUCUUUCAUAAUUUUAUAUAAAACAAGUUGCCAGGUAGAGGUCAGACACAGAACACUGAUACAGUAGUAUGUAAAAAAGUAUGGUGGAGGUACUGUCUUAAUGCUCUUAUAACUGCAGUUUUAAGCAUUUUAGUUCAAAUAUGUCAUUAAGUAAAAACAAGGAGAAAACAUAGAAAAACUUUGCUGAUUAUGCUUUCAGUGAGGUAGCCAGUUUAUGGUAGUUAUGAUCAAUAAAGUCAUUUGCACUUUUGAUAAGAUAUUCUCUUGCUACCAUGUUAUAUGCACAUAAAAACACAACAAAAAGACAUGGCACACAGACCACUUUUUUGUCAUGUAUCUGCUUUCAUUGACAUUUAUUUUUACCUAAAGUUUCAUCUUAUUUCUGUCCUUUUCAUUUGUUGUAAUUUUUUUUUUUUGUUUUAUCACCAUUGCUCAAAGAGCCAGCAUUUAUAACCCCGAAGAAGCUGAAAUGAAAUGCAGUACCGUCGCGUAUUGCAGGAGUAUGCAUGCCAUGAUUUGCGUCAAUGAUUAUUUUGUUGCUGUUAACGCUGUUUUGUUUUUCAUUGAUGGUUUGUAACAUGUAUGUGAAAAGUUAAAUCUAUAUUUCAUUAUUUCAGCUUUGAUGCUGGUGAGUCAGAGUUGGCAAAUAUACAUUUUAAGAUGGAAAAUACAGCAUUGAGGCGAUAACAGUAUGAACUUACUGUAAAAAAAGAGAGAUUAUAAUUGAUGCGGCUAAAUACACACCCGAUUUGACUGUUAUUGGGCCGUUAAAUAGGUAUUAUCAUGUCGUUAUAAGCACCAUAGAUGUGGGUCAUUAGGGUCCUACUA